UUUGUGUAAACUUUGAUAAAAUGUGAACAUUUGAAAAAAGAAAACAUUUUUUUUUUUUGUAAUUUUCUUAAAAUAGCGAAAUUAAUCAAUCCAAAAAUCAUUGAAAAAGUCAAUAAAAACAUGUCAGAAGCCGAAAAAACGACCGUUUUUUCACCAAACAUUCAAAUAAAAAUAACUAAGUGGAAAGUGCGCGAAGGAUGUCAGGUUAACAACAACCAAUUGAUAUUGUUGUAUGAGCUGACAAGCGGCAAUGAUACCGAAAUUAAGCGCCUAAAAUCGACCAAAUGUGGCGUUGUAAAAAAACGUUUUCACAAAGAAGGCGACGUUGUCGACGCCGAAAAACCGCUAUUGGAGCUGAGCGACUGUAUUCAUGCCACCGUGAUUAAAGAUAUGUGCGCAGAUUGUGGCGCUGAUUUAAGACAAGACGAAAAUAAUACACAAUCAGAAGCAUCGGUACCGAUGGUCCAUUCAGUGCCUGAACUUAAAGUUUCACACGAUCAAGCUCAAGAACUAGGGAAAGCAGAUACGGCUCGUUUGCUACAAGACAGAAAAUUGGUGCUAUUGGUCGAUUUGGAUCAAACGCUUAUUCAUACGACCAACGAUGAAAUUCCAAACAAUCUCAAAGGUGUGUACCAUUUUCAAUUGUAUGGACCAAAUACACCAUGGUAUCACACACGCUUGCGUCCCGGAACCUUUGAAUUUCUCGAACGAAUCGCACCGUAUUUUGAAUUGCAUAUUUGCACAUUUGGCGCCCGAAACUAUGCCCAUACAAUUGCACAAUUUCUAGACGAAAACGGAAAGUAUUUUUCACAUCGAAUUUUAUCACGAGAUGAAUGUCUAAGCGUUACAUACAAAACCGAUAAUUUAAGAGCUCUGUUUCCGUGUGGCGAUUCGAUGGUUUGCAUUAUUGAUGAUCGUGAAGAUGUCUGGAAUAUGGCAACGAAUUUGAUUCAAGUCAAGCCUUAUCACUUUUUCCAGCAUACGGGCGACAUAAAUGCACCGCCUGGUAUGUCAAAGCAUGAACUUGAUGGAAAAGGUGUUGAUUUCGGAGACCUAAAAGCUAAGAUGUCAAAUACUCAAAAGUCGAGCGAAUCAGCUGAAGCGCCAUCAUCUUCAACUGAACCGGCUGCCAGUACUAGUAGUAGUUGUAGUAGUAGUAGUAGUAGUAGUAAAAGUAAGGCUGAUGAACCAAAAGAAAGUAGAAAGUCUGUCGAUUCAUCUACAGAUGAACCAAAAACUUCUUCAAAAGAAUGUGCCGAAGUUGAAAACGACAAUAGCGAUGAGACGGUGGAAAAAUCCAUCGAUGACAGUGAAAGCGAAAGUUUAAUAGAUAAAUCCAAACCAGAGUCCAAUGAAAACAAUGACCAAAAAGUCGAUUCGGUUGACAGCACAAAAAUUAGUACCAAUGAAGAAAACAGUGGUGGUGACGACACAUUGAUUGACGUUGAAGAUCCCGACGAUUACCUCCUUUAUCUUGAAACGAUUUUAAUUAAAAUUCAUUCAAGAUUCUAUGCGCAUUACGAUGAAACCAAACAGAUGCUUGAUUUAAAAACACUCCUACCCAAAAUACGAAGCGAAGUGUUGUUGGGUAGAACGUUAGUAUUUUCUGGAUUGGUACCAACACAAAUCAAAUUGGAAAAGAGCAAAGCAUAUCUUAUAGCCCGAAGUUUGGGUGCAAAUGUAACACAACAAUUGACAGAUGAAACAACACAUUUGGUGGCUUCAACGGCUGGCACAUUCAAAGUGAAUGCCGCACGAAAAAUGUCCAAAAUACAUAUUGUUUCGCCGGAUUGGCUAUGGACGUGCGCCGAACGAUGGGAAUGCGUUGAAGAAAAGCUAUUCCCUAUAGAUUCACGGAAAGCAUCAAAAACCCGACAACCACCAGCGCAUUGUCACAGUCCAGAACACGUGGUGAACUACAGUAAUUUAAAUGACGCAGAUGUUUCUAGUUCAGAGCAGUCGACAUCGAAUAUGUCAGCUGCGCCCAAAUUCAUCGAUACAAUCAAUCCAUUUUUAAUGUUCUCGAAAGGUGACUUAGAAGCAAUGAAUGAUGAUGUGAACGAAAUCUUUGAGUCAGACUCAAGUGACGAUGAUUCCGUUGAUUUGGAAAACCCACCAUUGAAUAAGGAUCUUAAGAAACGAAGACGCGAAGAAGAAGAUGAGGAAAUAAAACGAAGGAAAAUGUUUGAACAGAAUGUGAGCGCAGAGGCUGAAUGUGACAAAGAGAGCAAUUCGUCAGGCAGUUCAAAGAAUAGCGAUAGUGAUGACGAAUCACCUGUAGAUAAAUUUCGACGCGGUUGUGAUUUGCCAUCCGAUUUGGAUAUGGGCGACGGAGACAAUAGUGCCGAUUCAUCGAAUAAUGAAGACUAUGAAGAUGAUGGCGAUUGGAAUAUGAUGGGAGCGGCACUCGAACGUGAAUUUUUAGGCCUUGAUUGACUGGAUAUGGUGCUAUUCAACUUACUUUUCGUUUAUAUUUUAAAUACAGAUGAGGUUGUUUAAUAUCCAUCAAAUAGCAUAAGCAAAGUAAUCAUCAAUUCAAGCGAACAGUCAAUCAUUCAUUCAUCGUUUCGUUCAUACAUCAAUCCGUCAAAUUUAUUUAUUAAGUUUAUUUGAAUGUGAACGUUUUGUAAACACCGAUACAGAACCAAUUCGAAUAUAAAAUGAAUUCCUUAAAUCGAAAAUAAAAUGAAAGACAAAACAAAACAAAAAAAAAC